AUGAAACUUGUCCCUCGCCUUGCUCUGGCCAGCACGCCAUACUCGACGGCGACCAAUUACGGCAUACUCUGCGUGAACGACACGUGCGUCGACUCAGUGUACGGGCCCUGCUGCUCUACGUCAGGAUUUUGCGGCAGUUCCGAUAAUUAUUGUGGAUUCCUGAACUGCGUGUCUGGCCCAUGCCAGAAGCCAGAUCUGCUCGCGAACACGUCAGACGUGAUCGUCGAGGCGGCUGCGCUGUCCGUCCUGACGGAGUCGUCCGUUCGCAACGCAUGUCUUCUGUGGAUGGGACUGGGGGUGUUUCUAGCGCUGCUGUUCGUAGCCGUCGUGCUGGGCGCCAUGGAGUCAGCGUUUGAGACGCCGACCGAGAAGACGCGACGCCUGGCUCGAGCCCGGGAAGCCAGAAUCAAAAAAGCGCUUGCGAAUGCGAGGGCAAGUCUGGACGCGGAGAAAAGACGGCGGGCGGAGCUGCAGGACGUCCAUGACGACGAGAUUGCCGACCACGAGCGUACGACGCAGGAGCUGCAGUCCCUGCGCACCCAGCUGAUCAGCGAGGAAAGCCGUCACGAGCACCAGGUCGAAGAGCUCCGUCGACGCCUGAACGAGCUGACCGAGGAUCGAACGCGUCUGAAUCGCGAGCUCCGUGAGAAGAGGUUGGCUCUUGACGAGAAAACGCGCGAGGUAGACGAGCUAGUCUCCCAGUUUGAAUUUCUUCAAAGCUCAAUGGCCGCCGUCUGA